CCCGCUAUUUGAAGGAGGCGCGCGGAAGAGAUACGCACUUUGGUCUGCGGAGAGAGAAGGCGGGAGCGGUUUCGGGCAACGCUAUUCGGCUCACCGGAGAGGACACAGGCGUGGGCUCGACUCCGGCUCUGGCCUCAGCCGAGACCCCGCGAGGCAAUGGCCAAGGUGUCCGUGCUGAACGUGACUGUGCUGGAGAAUCCGAGCCCUUUCCACAGCCCCUUCCGGUUCGAGAUCAGCUUCGAGUGCAAUGAGGCCCUGGCAGACGACCUAGAGUGGAAAAUCAUCUACGUUGGCUCAGCUGAGAGUGAGGAGUUUGAUCAAAUCCUAGACUCUGUACUGGUUGGCCCUGUCCCAGCAGGGAGACACAUGUUUGUCUUUCAGGCUGAUGCCCCCAACCCAUCCCUGAUCCCUGAGACAGAUGCGGUGGGUGUGACUGUGGUCCUCAUCACCUGUACCUACCGUGGACAAGAGUUCAUCCGAGUGGGCUACUAUGUCAACAACGAGUACCCAAACCCCGAGCUUCGGGAGAACCCACCCCCAAAGCCAGACUUCUCUCAGCUCCAGCGAAACAUCUUGGCUUCAAACCCCCGGGUGACCCGUUUCCACAUCAAUUGGGACAACAAUGUGGAUAAGCUGGAGGCCUUGGAGAAUGAGGACCCUACCCUGGGCUGUGGCUUCCCCCUCAGCUGCACGCCCAUGAAGGGCCUGGGGCUCCCUGGCUGCAUCCCUAGCCUCCUCCCCGAGAACUCCAUGGACUGCAUCUAACUGCAAGAACCCAGGCCUACCUGGGUCCAGCCAUAACAUCUGGAGAGAAAGUUAGACCUCCCUGAGAGUCCUAUGGGGCCAUGAGGAAGUCUCUGGGGCCAUCAACCAUAUCUAGGCCAGUCAAACUUGGCCCCAAAGAAAGACAAGCCUCAGGUCUCUUCCUGGCCCUGGUCUGGAAGGAUCACCUCACUUCUACUGCCCAGGGCUGUAAGAGGCAGGACUUCAGUUUUGAAUUCUUUUUAAUUUGUGUCCUUUGUCUCUUACACACACACAUACUAUACAUUCCAACUGGGCCAUUGUGCCACACCACUUCUGUGAGUACCAUUGAACCAAAGCUCUUCCCGAAGACCUCCCCAGUCUGCCUUAAUGUUCUUGGUCAGUGACUGGCAAAGCUUCAGUCCAGUUGGGCCAAAGCCUCUGUCAUUCCUCGCCCUUCCCAAACAUCUGAGCAGAUCCACCCAGCUUUCUGGAGUCACAGGCAAGGAAUCUUGGUUAGAAUAUGGACUCAUACAAUUUUUGUCCUCCCAGGACAAUUUUUAAGUCUGUCCAAUCCAUGAGUCCCAAAGUUGUGAUCAUCAGGAUGCUGAGAAUUGGUGGUUGAUGCUCCUCUUGAUCACCACUUUACUUUUCUCUCUUAACUGGACCUGGCUUGCCUUGGUGGGGGAAUGACAUGUUAGAGGGUCUUGCUGUUCUUGGUUUCAGUGCCAGCCUCAGAGCCCCUCUGCCUCUGGCUGUUAUGAUCUGCCCUCUGCCGAAGACCUGAUUCUUCCACAGACCAGGAGUGAUUGCAAGCAAGGGAAGCGGUAGGAAACAAAAUAACUUCCCUCCCCAUCCCCAUGCCCUAUCCCCUCGCUGCUAUGUGGAUGCUGUUAUGAUUGCAGUUUGUAUAUUAAAGGUUUUUAUAUUAAAUGUUUGGUUGGUCUAAAAAUAAAAAGCACUUCAUCUAGAUGGACUUCUUAUGUUUUCAUGU